UGCCAGCACAUUUUGUGAAAUCAAAGAGGCAAUUAACAAAAGACACGAAAAAGAGAUUCGGUAUUGUAAAUUAACAGAUAUUAAAGCAAAGUAUUCAACAAUUGAACUUCCACAUAUCUCUUCUCAGUUUUUUUCAACCGUCAAUAAUGACAAAAAAAAAAGCUUGAUACCUGAAGAUUUACAUAUUGAUACUAUAAAUGAUAAUUUUAUUGAGAAUAUAGUUGAUGAACUACAAACAACCUUAAAAACUAUUUUAAGUACUAAAACUGUAUUUAAUAUUGCUUUGGAAACUAAAAGUGAUAAUGA